AUGGACAAGAAGCGGAAUGUCCAACUACGAAAUAUCUGUACGUACCAGUUACUCCUGGCGUCGCAUCUUGUGGUGCUCAGAUAUUACUCCUUUCAUAGUCUCUUGCGUCUUCUGCCCCAAGAGGUAUGUCUUCCGUGUCUAGUCGGACCACUGGUUGACCGUUUCUCGCUCUCUGACCUAGACAAGUGUCCACCUUGCUUCAAUUGUCUUCUUCCAGCUUUUACCUGCGGACAAUUUGGUCACUGCGAUGAAUACGAUGGACAGUGUAAAUGCCCUCCAGGCUGGGGUGGGAUAGACUGCUUGCUUCCACAGUGCGGUUCCCUAGCGGAUGGCGUUGAAAGGCCGCUCCGAGAAGACGAGCCAUGCCAAUGUAACGAGGGCUGGGGAGGUAUAAAUUGUAAUGUUUGCAAGACCGACGAUGCUUGCAUUGGCUUUCCAUUAGCCGGCGGUAUCCAUACCGAGAUGGGAGAUGAAAAUGUUGCAAACAUGACUUGUUACAAGGGUGGCGAGACUGUCUUCAACAAUCAUCAAAUGUGUGACAUUACUAAUCGCAAGAUCUUGGACAUGCUCCCCGACCGUCCUCCGCAAGUCACAUUUAGCUGUGAUAACUCCACCGCGACGUGCAGCUUUCAGUUCUGGACUGCACAAGAAGAAUCUUUUUAUUGUGCGUUGGACACGUGUUCCUCUGAGGCUCAGCCGGGAUACGACACGAACACUACGAUCUAUGCCUGUGAACACAUUCAAUGUAAAUGCAUUCCUGGCAAGUUCCUUUGUGGAGAGGAGGGAAGUGUUGAUAUCAGCGACUUCUUGACAGAAGAGAUCCGUGGACCCGCAAGUUUCAGCUGCAAGACUGCUGCUGGAUGCAGGUUCGAGGAGCCCGCCAUGAAUAAUCUCAUCAACGACAUUUUCGGCGAUGCAUACAUCACCCUCCAGUGUGAAGGCGGAGAAUGCUUGCAUUACUCUCAGGUUCCUGGCUUCCAUCCUCCACCCAAACCCGACAACGCCAAAUGGAUAGCCCUUAGCUCUGCCGGUGCAGGUCUGAUUGUUGUCCUGACUGUCGCAAUCCUUUGGUACGUCGGCCGAUCGCGCAGUGGUGGUGACUUCGGCAAAAUAAGGCUGCCAGAAAAUGAAGCUUCGAAGCUCAUGACAGACCAUGUUCCUGCAUCCCUCCACUUUUCGAAUAUAUCUUACUCUCUCGGCAACCGCACGAUCCUUGACAAAAUUUCUGGUGCCAUCAAGCCAGGUCAAGUCAUGGCGAUCAUGGGUGCAUCUGGCGCUGGUAAAUCUACUUUCCUUGAUAUCCUCGCUCGCAAGCGCAAAAUGGGCCAAGUCAGCGGCACGACACUCGUCAACGGGCGAGAGGUCGCGGACACGGAGUUCAAAAAGGUGGUAGGCUUCGUAGACCAGGAGGAUACAUUGAUGAGCACGCUGACGGUGUAUGAGACCGUGCUGUAUUCUGCGCUAUUGCGGCUUCCGCGGGAGAUGAGCCUAGAGGCAAAGAAGUACAGGACCCUUGAGACAAUGAACGAACUCGGUAUCCUGGGUAUCAAGGACUCGAGAAUUGGUGACUCGGGACGCCGAUCGAUAUCUGGAGGCGAAAAGAGACGCGUCUCAAUAGCUUGCGAGUUGGUCACUAGCCCUUCAAUAUUGUUCCUAGAUGAGCCUACAAGCGGAUUGGAUUCUUACAAUGCAUUCAAUGUCGUCGAGAGCUUGGUGACCCUUGCACGCGACUACAAUCGAACCGUUAUCUUCACCAUUCACCAGCCUCGCAGUAAUAUUAUCGCUUUGUUUGAUCAUCUUGUGCUUCUCGCUCAGGGAAAAAUGGUGUACUCUGGAGAAUUCGCCAAAUGCCAAGAAUACUUCGCUAGUAUCGACCAACCAUGUCCACCAGGCUUCAACAUCGCGGAUUAUCUUAUCGACCUAACAGUGCAUGCUGGACUUGAACCACGAAGCCCGGAUUCUCCUUCUAACGAUGCGGUAUCAUCGACAUCUGGUGACAACCUUUUAGAUGAGGAGCGUGCCGUUGGCGCGUCGUCUGUACGAUCGCAUGGUCGCUCUUCCACUGCGGUCGAGGAAGAAACUGAGCUUCGAACCCGUCGCGUUUCUUUCACAUCCUCAAUUAAACGCAAGACCUCGCAGCUUCUAGAAGCUGUCCGAAGCUCGCCAUCUAGUGACAACGCGCUUACUCCCAAACUUGCGCAACUUGUCGAGGCGUACUCUACGAGUGAAGUUGCGAAAUCCAUCAAGGCCGAGACGGAUGAGGUUGCUACUGCACAGCGUGGAGCUGAUGCGUCGCACGCGGAUGGUGAAUUGCGAGACGUCGUGGUUGAAAACUCUUUACUGCGUGGUCGGAAAAGAGCCAGUUGGGGAACGCAGUUCAAGAUUUUGAGUGGUCGGGCGUUCAAGAAUCUCUACCGUGAUCCAGCAUUAUUGGCAGCUCAUUAUCUGUCCUCCAUCGUGCUGGCUCUGAUUUGUGGUCUCUUUUUCCAUGAUGUCAGCAACGACAUCGCAGGCUUCCAGAACCGGCUUGGCAUUUUCUUCUUCACGUUGUCGCUCUUCGGCUUCUCGUGCUUAUCUAGCCUUGGAUUAUUCGCGAACGAGAGAGUCCUCUUCAUGCGCGAAAGAGCAAACGGCUACUAUUCGACCUUCACUUACUUCUCUUCGAAGGUUCUGUUUGAUAUCCUGCCACUUCGCUUGGUGCCUCCACUUGUCUUUGGUGGUAUUGUUUACGGCCUAGUUGGUCUUGUGCCCACAGUUCCAGCUUUCUGGAAGUUCAUACUGACGCUCGUGCUGUUCAACUUGACGACGGCAAGCGUAAUCCUUCUGUUGUCGAUAUCAUUUGCCAGUACCAGCGUGGCGAGCUUAGUUGGCACCCUAGUCAUGUUGUUCAACCUCCUCUUCACGGGCCUUCUCAUCAACAGGGACACCGUCACACCCGCCUUGCAGUGGUUGCAUACCCUUUCCUUCUUCCACGCUGCUUUCGAGGCACUCGCUGUGAAUGAACUGAGAUAUCUACAACUAAAGGAGAUCAAGUAUGGCGUUGAGUUGGACGUUCCUGCGGCUACCAUUCUUUCCAUAUUCGGUCUCAGAGCUCAGUCAUUCUGGUGGCCGAACAUAUCCCUACUUGGUAUCUUCUUCGUGGUGUUUACAACCGCGAGCUUCCUCAUGCUGCAUUUCUUCGUCAAGGAAAGACGAUGA